AUGACAGUAUCAUAUGUCUCUGUAUUCCGCAUCAUAGCCUUCAUUGCCGAGAAGUCUAGCUUGUUCAGAGAUUCCCAUGCUUUCAUCGAGGACUUUGUAGCCAUCAAAGAAGAGAUGCGCUCGAAGCUAGGUAUCAAGAGUCCUCCAUCUGGCGGACUUAGGGAUUUCUUCGACUAUAAGAUUGAGUCUGAUUUCUAG